AUGGGUAAAAAGGCGUUUAUCAGCAGACACAUAGUUACAUUCACCAACACAACAAAUCGUUCAAAUAAACCUAUUUUUGGCAUAAUUCUGGUUCUAGACGAAGUAAUUUAUGACGUAAUUGUUUUAGACAAAGAAAUAUCAGUGCGUUCCAUCAUUGAAAAGUAUAACGAAUGAAAUCCAAUUAAUUGUGAAGACCUUUAUAUUUCACCUGGAAUUAUUGAUUUAAAUGUACGCCGAGAAUGAGAAGACUAUACCCAUCUGACCAAAGCAGCAGUUUCAGGAGGUGUCACUUUAUUGUUAGAAGAAGUAGGCUACUAUAUUGAUCAACCUCCUUUAGGCGAGCUUUAUUGUGACGUAGGCAAAAUUUUUACCUUACUCCUUCCAAUACUUUUUAUUAUAAUUAUUUUUAAUAUAAUUUUGUUAAAGUGAUUAUUAAUGAGGCGAGCUAGAAAUCACCAAUCUCGAACAAUUACCAAAUCUUGCUUCACAAGGGUUUUUUGGAGUAAAAGGCUAUCUUUUUCCUCCGAGUUCCACAAUUCAAUGCAUCCCUUCUAAUCUCAACAUAGUAUUUGCUGAGAUGGCUGAAAGCCAAUUAACGCUAUUUAUAGAUCCCACUUUGCCGAACCCAAGAAUGCUUUAUAAUUCAUCGCCUAAUAGGCUGUCGACAUUAGAGGAAAGGUUUGAAUCAAAAAAUAUUGAUUCAACCAAAACCUUUGCUGCAGCUUUUCCUGAUGCUAUUGAGUCUGAUGGCUCUGAAGAAGAAAACCCUGAAGAGACUCCAAAAAAGAGAUUUCGAAGACAAACCCACCAAACGAAAUCAAAGACAUUUAAACCAGUCAUAAAUAGAUCGAUUUCAUCUCAUGCAAUUGUUGAGCCUAAUGUGGGAUAUACGAGAGAGCUGCCUAUUCCUGAAAUCCCUGGCUCCCUCCUUUAAAUGCGAACUAAAUAUAAUGGAAAAUGUUAAUUUCAGAAAUUAAACUAUUCUAUAAUAAGCAAAACUUAGGCUAAUUUUAUUAAAAUUUUAGAUAGAUUUUUUAGCAUAAAUUUUAAAAUAAAUAGGUUUUUUAUAGCAAACUUGAAAAUUAUUAAUCAAAAAGUCUAGUUCGUUUUGGGAGCGGAAGAGUGAAGAAGAAGAUGAAAUAAAGCCAAAUGGAACUGUAAAAAAAACUAAUUAUACUAUUUUUGAUGAUCUUGAUAAAAGAAUUAAAGAAAACCAAGCAAAUAUAGAAAAUUUGUGCAAAGCUGAACAAUUUACAUAUGAAAACUCAGGAUCAACUAGUUAUUCUUCCACUUCUCCAGUGGCUUCUAAAAAUGAUGGAUUUAGCUCUAUAUUAGCAUUAUCCCCAAAAACUGAUGUUAAGAUCCAAAAUUUAGAUUCAAGUUUAUUGCAAGUCCCAAGCCAAAAUACUAAUAAUGUUUAUCAGUCAAGAAUUGCUAAGAGGAGACCUCCUUCAUUAUCAAUAAAAACUGAAUUAAAAAGCUCAAAAGAAAGAGUUUAUUUAUACCACUUGCUCCACCAAUUAUCAGCAAACAGAUUUUCUAUAUGCUUUUAAAACAAAAAAAAUUUAUAAUAAGAUUUUGGUUAUUUAUUAAAUUAAAUGCUUAUUUUAAUUAUGAUUAAAUUGCUUUGAACUUCUAAAAGUAUUUUUUAUCAUACCUUUUGCUUUUCAAAUUGAAAUAUAAUAUAUAAAUAUUUCAAUAUCUAAAAAUUCCAUUAAAAUCCUUAAAUUAAUAUAUAAAGCAACUGUGCUAGCAAAUUUUCCUGACAGCUGAGAAAUAACUGGUGUUGAAAAAAUAAUCCAAGGACUAAAAAAGUCUCUAUGCAGAGUCCAUGUAACAAAUUUGUCCUCAGCAACUGCACUUAAUAGAGUCAGACAAGCCAAAGAAGAAUUUAAAUGCCUGUCAUGUGAAAUUUCAGCGACUUCUCUGUGCUUUACAAGUGCUUCCAUUAAAGAUGGAGACACAAGAUUCAAAACAGCUCCCCCAAUUCGAAGCCAAACCAAUCUAAUGCUGCUAUGGGAUUUAUUGAAAAUGAAAGGAAUAGAUUCAAUCGUUUCAAGCCACGCCGCUAUAAAACCUGAGCUAAAAGCAUUAGAAUCAGGGAACUUCCAAAAAGCGCUUAAUGGGAUCUGCUCAUUAGGCUUUACAUUGCAAGCAGUCUGAACAAUGCUAAACGGUCCAGCCACUUCGAUGUCACAGCUUGAGCACUAUAUUGUUAGGCUAGCUAAAUGGCUCAGCCUUCAUCCAGCCAAAAUUUUAAAUGUAAGCGAUUCCCGAGGGGCAGGGCCCAAUGAUAGUAUAUUUCACCAAAGUACUUUUGGUCGAAAAUUGGUUGAAACUUUUUGAUAGUGAGACAUUUGACCCAAAAACAUUUAGAUCAAAUGUAUUUAGAUGAAAUGUGCACUGUCAAAACCACUGUCAUUUGACAUGGAGCUGAUUCCCGAGGCAGCAUUGAAAAAGGGAAAUUUGCUGAUUUGCUUAUAUGGGAUCCAUACAGCAGGUCAACUGUAAACAAUGUGCACUCUCAAUACCAUGAAGUAUCUCCAUUUAUUGGUAUGGAGUUCAUGGGGAAAAUCCAUAGCGUUUAUGUUAGGGGCAAACGCGUUUUUUAUGAAGGAGUAUUCAAGCCAAAAGGCAAGAGGGUAAUGAAAUCUGUUUUAUAA